CAAGCUCGGCCGGAAGCGGGAGGCUGCAGGCGCGGGCAGGCGGGCGGGCAGGUUGGCGUCCUCUUUCCGGCUGGUCCCCAUGGAGGCGCUGGGGAAGCUGAAGCAGUUCGAUGCCUACCCCAAGACUCUGGAGGACUUCCGGGUCAAGACCUGCGGGGGCGCCACGGUGACCAUUGUCAGUGGCCUUCUCAUGCUGCUACUGUUCCUGUCCGAGCUGCAGUAUUACCUCACCACUGAGGUGCAUCCUGAACUCUACGUGGACAAGUCACGGGGAGAUAAACUGAAGAUCAACAUUAAUGUGCUUUUUCCACACAUGCCGUGUGCCUAUCUGAGCAUUGAUGCCAUGGAUGUGGCUGGGGAGCAGCAGCUGGAUGUGGAACACAACCUGUUCAAAAAACGGCUGGAUAAGGAUGGCUUUCCCGUGAGCUCAGAGGCGGAACGUCAUGAGCUCGGGAAAGUUGAGAUGAAGGUGUUUGACCCUGAUUCCCUGGACCCUAGUCGCUGUGAGAGCUGCUAUGGUGCCGAGACGGAAGACAUCAGGUGCUGUAACUCCUGUGAGGAUGUGCGGGAGGCAUAUCGCCGUCGAGGCUGGGCCUUCAAGAACCCAGACACUAUUGAGCAGUGCCGGCGAGAGGGCUUCAGCCAGAAGAUGCAGGAGCAGAAGAAUGAAGGCUGCCAGGUGUACGGCUUCUUGGAAGUCAACAAGGUGGCGGGAAACUUCCACUUUGCCCCCGGGAAGAGCUUCCAGCAGUCCCACGUGCACGUCCAUGACCUGCAGAGCUUUGGCCUCGACAAUAUCAACAUGACCCACUACAUCCAGCACCUGUCAUUCGGGGAGGACUACCCAGGCAUUGUGAACCCCCUGGACCACACCAACGUCACUGCACCCCAAGCCUCCAUGAUGUUCCAGUACUUUGUGAAAGUGGUGCCCACGGUGUACAUGAAGGUAGAUGGGGAGGUGCUGAGGACAAAUCAGUUCUCUGUGACCAGACAUGAGAAGGUCGCCAAUGGGCUGAUGGGCGAUCAGGGGCUUCCUGGAGUCUUCGUGCUGUACGAGCUCUCGCCCAUGAUGGUGAAGCUGACGGAGAAGCACAGGUCCUUCACACACUUCCUGACAGGCGUGUGCGCUAUCAUCGGGGGCAUGUUCACAGUGGCCGGACUCAUCGACUCUCUCAUCUACCACUCGGCUCGAGCCAUCCAGAAGAAAAUUGAUCUAGGGAAGACAACAUAGUUGUCCGUCCCUUCCCCCGCAACAAGUCCCUGUUUUUCUUUGGCCUUGUGGUCAUUUUCCCAGCCUCUUACCCCACCCACCCCGCACACCCCCUCUGCAGAGAGUCAGUCGCAGCCCCAGGUUGGUAAAUCUAUCAAUUGUGAUAGUACUCACUGGUCUCUGUGUGGUUCGUGGGUCUGGCUGGAGCGUGGGAACAACCCUAAUCACAGCCACUUAUCAAAGGCAGUCAGGACUGACUUUUCAGAGCCAGGUGCCUCUGGGAGCCCCACGUGGAUGUCCCUGCUUAAUAGGACUUGAUUCAAACCAGACUGAUGUUCAUUCCACAGCCCCACCAUCAGUCCCUCCCACCGUGGCCUUCAGGCCUUUUGGGUUCAGCCCCAGGGCUUAGAUGGACCUGUCCAGGAUGAGCUUCCUGGAGUCAUCCUGGCCCCCAGCCUUGUGAGUUUCCGACCCCACUGGUAAUAGGCCCUGGCUGCAGGCUGGGGAUUGCCACCUCAGUGGUGGCUAAAGCUGGGGCCCCUCCCUGCCACCCUGGGCUCAGUCACUUGAUCCCCUCCUGCUCACUGACCCUGCGACGUGCCAAGUGCCUGCUGGCUCCUGGUGCCCAGAAGGGUACAGCUAGGUCCUUUGCAAUUUCCUGGGUGUACAUAGAACUGAAAAGCGGGGAGGGAAGGUAGCGGUGGCCAUUCUGAAGCAGGGCUAGCAUCAGACUCUGGCUCUGGACCUAGUCAGGCCUUCCCAUUACAGCCCUUAAGAUGUGUCGGGAAACCGGCCCUGAGACCUCACCACUGCACAGCCCAGGCAACCAGGGACAUUAGUAGCUGGUCAGUUCAGCCAGUCAUUUCUCAGGGAGUUUCAGUGUAAGACAGUAGUGGGGGGAGAAGCGGAGGACAGAAAGCAGAGUAGGGCAAUGACAGCAAAACUUCUGGAGGCAGCCAGACAUGAGACCCAGCUCUGAUGUGGCCACUUACGAGCUGUGACCUUGGACGUGUUAUUGGUGGACCCUUGUCUCAUUUAUGAAUUGCGGGUGAUAUUGUC